AGCAAGGGUAGAAGGCCGGUAGCAGGUGGAAGCGCCAAUCUCAGAGGAGCACGACUGGAGGAGGCUGAUGUCCAGAAUUUCGCGCACCGUUUGCCUUGCCUGCUUGGCGCUAGGUGGUUGGCACAUGGUGUCGGUUGCAUUCAGCAGUGUCUCAAGGAUUGCUCGUCGUGCGGAGUAUGAAACUGGCAAAGUCAACGUUGGCGCGGAGGUUUCUGACACCGAGGUCCCUCCUCCUCCCCCACCUGUGUUGGAAUGCGACGAGGGCUGCAUGACGGCUAUUUUUGAUUGCCUGGACGAGGGCUGCUCUGUGGACGCGCUGUUGAAGCUUGACAAGAAGCUGGCGGAGGAUGAGCAGCGCAUCGUGGGCACGGUGAAAGAAAUCGAAUCCGUGCAGAAAACGGCUUACUCGCCGGAGAACGCAGGUACUUUGGCAUGGCUGAACAACUUCCUCAGCCGAAGUGGCAGCUUGCGGGCACAGCUCCAAGCGCUUCAGGGGGUGAAGGAUUCGGACUUACUUCAGCAGAUCGUGAAGGCGGCAUCCGUGGCCUUUGGAGGUGGCCGCCCGAACGACUAUCCGAAGGUCGGUGUUUCGCCAUACACCUCCUGAGCCAGCGUGAAGCGUGCCUGGCCAGGAGUCUAAAGCCUGGCCAAGUUUUUGGCACCACUUUUGGGCUGCUUCGCACAAGUUCUUUGCCAACAGUCGUACCAUUGUUGCUGUUGAGUGCCGCAUUGCUAAUGCGGUGUGAGCAGUGGCGAUGGCUGCCGCCUAAGUUCCGUAUGUUUCAAGGCGUCGGGGGUGAGAACAUGGUAUGGACGGAGCUGCGCCCC